GACGGCGCAGAUGCUUCUGUCAGUGGAAACCCGUCACUUUGAGCUCGCCGGAAUCCACGGUGGAUUUAACGAUCUGUCAUCUUAGCAGAGCGGAGCGGCUGAGGCUGCAGGUCCUGCGGAGACUGCAGAGUCCCCUGUGAGCAUCUCCAGACGCUGCUGGUGCGCCGUGAACGGAGGUCGGCUUAAGAAAAAGGCGUCAUCAUGAGUGAUCAGUUCGACUGUAAAAACUGCAACGAGUCCUUGUAUGGACGCAAGUACAUCCUGGUGGAGAACAGCCAGCACUGCAUCCCCUGCUACGACCGCAUGUACGCCAACACCUGCCAGGAAUGUAAAGAAAUAAUUGGACACAAUGCAAAGGAACUCUUCUAUGAGAACAGACAUUACCACGAGCACUGCUUUCGCUGCUUCCGCUGCGACCGCUCUCUGGCAGACGAGCCCUUCACCAGCCAGGACGACGCUCUGGUCUGCAGCGACUGCUACUGCAACGAAUUUUCCUCCAAGUGCGUGGCCUGCGACAAGACGGUCAUGCCAGGAUCGAAGAUGUUAGAGUACGACGGCUCCACGUGGCACGAGGACUGUUUUGCGUGUCACGCCUGCGAGAAGCCGAUCGGUACAGAGGCCUUCAUCCCUGACAAAAACAACUACUACUGUGUGCCCUGCUACGAGGGCAGGUUUGCUCCUCAGUGCAGCCACUGCAAAAAGGCUCUGACUAAAGGAGGGGUGACCUACAAGGACGAGGUGUGGCAUAAAGAGUGCUUUUUGUGCACGGGCUGCAAAACGCCGCUCGCUGGCCAACCCUUUACCUCGCAGGGGGAGAGUCCAUACUGCGUCAAGUGUUUCAGUAACCUGUAUGCGAAAAAGUGCGCCAGCUGCAACACGGCCAUCACAGGGUUUGGAGAUGGGAAGUAUGUUUCUUUCAAGGACCGGCAGUGGCACCAGCCGUGCUUCAAGUGUUCGCGUUGCUCCGUGUCGCUGGUGGGCUCCGGCUUUUUCCCUGACCGCGACCAGAUUCUGUGCACAGACUGCAACAACGAAGACUGACCGUGCAACGCUGCAGCCAAAUAUCAGAGUCUGCAGCCGCCAGCAGAAAAAAACUUCUAACCCUCAGCUUUGCACGUACUGUUUCACCAAUCACUCACAGUGUAAAGCUGACCCAAAGCUCAGUAUUUACAACUCAAAAACUCUUACCAGCUCUUAGCACACGGACAGAUGUGUGUAUGUUUAGAUGCAGAAAGUCUCGUGUGCUACAUUGUUUUUCUUAGUGUUUGUUUUGCACAUUAAAGACCUGAUAAAAACAUACAAAUUAUAUAUGCAAACAUUUAAUGUUGUCUUGUGCUUGGCAAAAAUAUUCAAGCUUUUUUUUACUGAAUUUUUAAGAUAUCAGUCUCUCACUAUGUUAACACCUUUUCCUCUUUAGCUUUACUGCUGUACAUGCAAUAAGAUGUCAUUAAAUAAACAACAAAUGGUAAAUGGUGGAUUCAUCUGCAUGAACACAUUUUAGCUUGUAUGGAAAGAAAAUGAAUGCCUAUAGUUAAUUUAUUCUGAUCUGAACUAGUUGAGUUUGUAAACUUAUGGAUUUUUUUUGGUUUGUUGUCUUUUCACACGGAGAAAACUCCAAGCCAACCAAAAUAACCACCUGUGAAUGUUCAGUUUUCUCAUUGGAGCGACAAAAAUAAAUACGGGAAGAAGAUGCUUGUUCUGGACUAGUAGAUAAUGUGGAAUAUUUCCUAACACUCGUAACAUUUGUACUUAUCUGGGCAAUUUUAUUUGGGCUAGUUGGUGCAGUUUGUGUACCCUGCACAUCUGUGGUACUCUACUGUAUUCCCAGAUGGGAAGGCAUUUAGCUCAAAUGUACAGCUGGUAGCUGGGUCAGAUCACAUUCCCACCAUAAACGAACUGUUCUGGAGCUCAUUAUGAACCACACCGAGUCCGCGUCCUCCAAAGGGUUUUUGAUGCAGUUAUUUUAGUCCCCACCCAAGUGCAAUUACUUAAAAGACAGGAGGCAAAGCUGAAGGUAGCAGAGCUGAGAAUGCUAAGAUAUUAACUGGGAGUGAGCAGGAUGGACAAGAUUAGAAAUUAGUGCAUCAGAGGGACAACUCGGGUUGAACGGUUUGGAGACAAGAUUAGAGAGACAAGGCUGAGAUGGUCUGAACAUGUGCACAGGGGGAACAGUGGAUAUACUGGAUGCUGAAGAUGAUGCUGCCAGGUGUGACAGAGGAGGAUGCUAGAGAUAGGGUGAGAUGGAGGAAGGUCAGACUCGAUGGUGAUUACUAUUCACAUCUAUACAAACGCACCAGAUUGAUUUAAACAGACUAAACCGCGCAGGUGUGAAAACUGUAGAAGCACUUUCCAACAUGUGGGCUGUAACUAGAAAGCAUUUAUUCUUAAAUGAUUUCAGGUCUUGUAACAAGUCUGGAGCCAGAUGUUAACAUUAGCAUGCUAACAUGAAAAAAUGAAUGUGUUAACACUUCAGCCACAGCUAUAGAGGGUGAUGUCAUUAGUCAUUCAUUCAUUCAUUCAUAUGCACUGGCACAAGCCAGUGCACUCCUAGUGCUGCUCCGGAGCCCAGAGAAAUGGGGAAGGUUGCAUCAGGAGGGGCAUAAAAUCUUUGCAAUAUCAAGUAUGUAAAUCAUAAAGAAUCAGAGUUAACGUCUGCCCCCAAUACUGACCUGACAGGUACCUGCCUGUUGGCCUAAUUUUUCAGACCCAUUGCUUUUUGGCUUCAAACAGCAGUGCAUCAGAUUAGCUUAGCAAAGCUCAUGGUGUAACAGCUAUUCUACCUAUUUUGUCUCAGGAUGCUUUCACAAUAGAUUUUUUUUUUUUGUUCUCACAAAUUUCACUUUAUGGUUGAAUAAAGGUUGAAAAAAAACCCCAAUGUGACUAAUCUGCCCAAUUCCUGUCCUUUGAGCCAGAACUUGAAUGUGUUAAUUACCAACCUUUAGCUUUGUGACUUUGCAACCAGUGAAACCCAUUCUUCCGUUUCUACCCUUUGUGCUAAGCUAAGCUAGAAGAAGUUUAUUAUAUAGACAUGAGCAGCUGUGGCUCUGCAGACAGAGAUAGUAGAUUGCCUACCAACUGAAAGGUUAGUGGUUUCCAUGUUGACGUAUCUUUGGGUAAGAUACUGAACCCCAAAUUUCCCCCAAUACAUCCACCAGAGUGUGACUGUGCACGUUAGAUACAAAGUUUUUAAAGGCAUAUAAUAAAGCUCUGUAUGACUGCAGUAAAUGAGUGCUCAGGUAGAGCA